AUGAGCCGCAUCACGUGGGCCCGGUCCCUGCGGCCUGUUUCAUCACCAUCGCCAACAUUGCUGUCGCUAUGGGCGCCAACUAGUUUUAGAGGGCAGUUCGUCUGCCGCCAGUGCAGGGCCAAGUCGAUUCAUAUUGAGGCUGCGGCUGCGACGGAGACGGAGAAGACGAGGGAGACACUCAGAAGGGAUUUGUAUGAGUAUGGGGGGCUUGGUAGUGCAGAUGCCCGGUUCGAGGUGCUCGGCUCACCGUACUCGAUUCUCUCUGUCCAAUCAACACUCUCACUCCUCUCGCCCAUUCCCCGCGCCCUCCUUGGCAUCCCAUUCCUCUACCAGCGCAUCAUUUCGACCACCCCAAUCAACGCCUUGAUCUCGACCAAGUCCCCUAACACCACCCUUUCUAUCCUCCACCUCGACGGCACAACCGACUGGAUCGUCGCUAACCGCUCCGCGUUGCUCGCCUGGACGGGCCACACUCUCACUCUUACGCCCUGUGUACAAACUGGUCUGACCCUCGCCCAUUGGGGAAACACCCGUCUGACAGGGCGCGGCCUGGCUGCCCUCGCUGCCCCGGGCCAAGUCUACGAAAUGAAGCUUUCCGAAGGCGAAGAACUGGUUCUACAUCCCUCCCACGUGGUCGCUUAUACAGUCACCAAAAACCCGCCCCUCCCAUUCCGCUUCAAGAGCACGAUGUUUACCCUCACCAUCCCGACCCUCCCGCCCGUGGUACGCACCGCGGCGGGGAAGAUGAUUCCCGAAGGAUGGUCCCGCUUCUGGGCUGCCAUGCGAGAUACGGUAACUUACAAGUUGCUUUCCCGUGUAUUCUUUUCUCUACGAACGGCUGCGAGGACAACAAUCUGGGGGGAUAGGCUUUUCCUGCAGUUCAAGGGGCCUACGACGAUCUUGAUGUCAUCGCAGGGAGCGAGAGUCAGGGAUGUAUUGACGCGGGAGCAUGUGAAUGAGAUUGCAGAAGUUGAACCAGGGGCUGUGCAGAUUGCUGCGGAGUUACCAGUGAAGGAGAGUGAAGAGAAGCAGGAGAUGGUCAGGGUGAGGAUUGCGCGGGUUGGGAAGGAAGGCAAGGUGACGUUUGAGGAUGUGAGGGAUUUGAAUGAGUUUGUACGGUGA